UUGAGGGACACUGCGAACUUCAUUUCUAAAAUGCUAGUAAUAAAUGAAAGUUUCGGAAUAUGAGUCAUUUGUGUGGUAUUUAAUCAUUAUAAAAAAUAGACAGAAAGAAAAAAUAAUUUGCCUUAAAGCAAUAUUUAGUAAUUCAAGAGUAUUUGUUUAUGGUUAAGCUGCAUUUGUCGCCUUCUGCCACUCAGAAAACAAGGAUGUCGGCCCAGAAACAAACCGCCUCACCUAACACUUCAUAUCGGUUGAUUCAUUUUCCAUAGACCACUUUCACUUCUGAAAGAAAUCACAAUGAAAUUGAUCCAACUUUGUUACAAACGAUGGUCGCAGGAAAAAUUGCACAGUUACCUUUCAUAUGACUGUGGCCUGAAAUGUGUCUUGAAUGAAAAAUGACAAAAAUCAUACCUAUUAGUUUAUGUAAAUUAUCCGAUUGUCGGAGUUCAAAUUUUGUAGGCCGGGACACGUUUAUUUAUAAGACGUGGAGUCCUUAAUUUGGGUUUGUAUAGUAUAAUGGUGCUAUCUCAAAAUGCAUAUUGAUCUCACAAACAGAGCACGAGAACUUAAAACCACUAUUUCUUUGAGCUUUAAUUAGGUACUGAAAACUUGAGAUGGUCGUGUUUAUUUGACUCCGUGCGCGCAGCCAAUAAUAAAAUGAUUAUAGAUUUUUUAAGUAACUGAUUUUUUUUCGCUUAGCACUUGGAAAUAAAUUUCAUCAAGAUACAAAGAAUUAUUUUGCCAUAUCUUUCACCGUCUCGCUCACAGAACUGAAUUAAACAACAAAAAGCAAGAAUCAUUGUCUAUAAAAUUUUUCUCCGCGCAAGGAAGCAAAUGUUGAUAAUUGGUUCGUCAAUGUGUGAAAAGUCUUUUAUUGUGAUGUUAAUCACCACAGUUUUGUGACAACCAAACUUAGCGGCAUUUGAGUCAAGUUUGGUAAACGCAAACGGAUAUCAUCGUUAAGCAGACUUUAAAAUCGUUGAACUUAAUUUCAAGUAAGUAUGAAAUUUUGUUUCAAAAAAAUCUUAUUUUUUGAAAUAAGGCUGUAUCUUUGUUAACCUCGACGAUGAUAUCGCAGUGUCUGACUCGUUAACACUUGGCCCAGUUUGCUUCUUCAGUCAUAUUAAUUUUAGAGGGAAAAUAUAUCAGUGCAAUAUAUCAUCGUUGAUUUUGAAUAAAAACACCAUAUACACGAAGUCAACCACUUCGCUUAUAAUUCAAAUUUCUCAUCGUUUUCGACGAUAACUGUAUCCUUAGAGUAUAUUAAUUACCUUCCAUUUCUAUUGCUUUUAACUUCUUACAUAUGAAGAAAAUAAUCCCGAAAUCCAAUCUCUCGCUUGGCACAAAGAUAUGAGAACCUUUUACUGAGAAAACGCUUAAAUUCUUAUCAAACAAUAGCUAAGUUAAAGUUUAUUGCUUAGAAUCUGUAGAGGAUGAAGUAUAGUUAAUGCAAAAUUUGAUCUUUGACAAUACGGUAACAACUUGAAAUUAAUGUCAGAUAUGAAUUCAAAUGCUUUUCCUUGUAUCAUACUUCUUAGGUAUUUCGUUGCAGAGCUUUGGUAAAAUGGUGAGGCUGUUUUUCCUUGCAUUCUUGGUUUUCAGAACGUCAUUUGCUCCAGUACAUGGUCAGCAUGUCACAUGCGAGCGAUCAUUCUACAAGUUAGGAUGCUUCCAGGACAGGACUUGGUACAGAUCCAUGUCUAAACUGCUUAUUAAUGACCGCAGCAAGUCAUCUCAAAGUCAACAAAUCGACUGGACAAACUGGGAUGCUUACGUGCACGGCCUCGCCUGCCGUUGUGCCCAGUCUGCCUCUCAGCAUGGAUUCACCAUGUUUGGACUCCAGCAUUAUGGAGAAUGUUGGUCGGGCCCAGAGUCAUGUGACCAGUAUUCUCUUUAUGGAGAUUCCGAAAUGUGCAUCGGUAAGAACUUCACGAUGUGUAAUGUCAAUGAUGAAGGCGAGUGCGUUGGGAAAGCCAACGCCAACUUCGUGUACCUCUUGCUAGAAGAACCAGAGAAGGAAGUGGGCAUCUAAUAAAGGAGGAAACUUCUUCACGUUCUUAAAUAUAGUAACAGCUAAAGUUUUCUCAGAGCUGUAAUCGAAGGAAUCCCAUUAAAGAUAAGUUGCACUUUAUACGUUGUAGAUGUAUUGCGGGACUCCACGAUAGCCAUCAUGUGAUACCGUGGGCCCGUUUCUCGAAAGUCCCGGUAACUUAACGGGCCCGUAAAGCUGUUCUGUUUUCAUUC